AGCUGUGCGUAACCCCUUAAAGCCCUCCGUGGCGCAAAUAAGUUAGAGCAUAGUCCCCCAUUAUUAAUACUGCCUUAAGAGAUAAAAUUUAUGCAAUUUAUUAACCCUCAACUAGCUCCAGGGACUGGACUAUUAUUUCUGUCGCCCUCUCCUUGGAGAAACCACGUUAAGAGUUCAAGUAUUAAGUGUUUUUUUCAGAUACAACCAGAUUAUUACUUAUUAUUAUUGUAACUAAUCCAUUAACAUACAGUGUCCACAGAUUAUACCAGAAAUUGAAAUUAAAACAGAAAUGUUAGCUAUCACUUCAUCCCGCACUGUGUCUCGUUACGCACGAUCUAUCGAUGCCAUCCGAAGAAAACACUGAUUCGGUUGAUGCUAACAAAAUCAUCUGGGUGAGGCAUGCGCUCUGCGACCGGAUUCCCGCCGCACGACAAAGGGGUAGCGAGUUUCAACCCUCAGUCUGGCGCCGCGUGCGAGCGCGAGUCGACCACGGCGCUCCCGUUCGAGGUCCCGUCGAUACACGCUGUUGAUACACGCACCUACCCCGUGGUAGGUCACCUGUCAACCGCCGGAUAACAAUGAAUCGCGACAGGAUGAAUGAAAUCCGCUCGGAAUCCGAGGAUCCUACCUGAGGAUCGAACGAGCCAGGACUUCUAGCGACACGUUGACAUUACCGAGGCUACCUUUCGUUAAAAACAGACCUUGAAAGUCGAUUGUCGACUGUCACCAAGCGUGUCGAGGGUUCCAAUUCGAAGUGGACAUGAACAUUUUCAACGAGGCUCUGUGGUUCUCUCAUCGCGACCUGGCACUACCUUGCGUUAUUGCUCCCAUAGCAGGAUCUUGUAAAAGUAUCCGCGAAACCGUCCUUGUAGUCGCGGAAAAAUGUGACGCGAAUGCCGUCCGGCGCUACAAAGCCGCAGAACACGAGAAACCAGGAUGCUAAAGCCUCCAGCGAGUAUAUCAUGACUUGACCGAGCCGAGGGUCGCGUGAGAUCUUGACGCCGUUGAUGGCCGCGAAGACAGUGCUAAGAUGAGUGUCGCUUGCCGCUGGUACGUCCUCCUUUUGCUCACGUGCGCGCAUAGGCCCGUGCUGGCCGGGUUCGCCGACCAGGAGGCUCAGAUAGAGAGACCCAAGGAGACCCUGCGUCAUCAGCAGAACCAGCGGCCCUCGUUCAUCGACCGCAAGCUGGUGAUGCAGGCUACCGAGCUGUCCGAAGGCCUGAAGGAGCGGCAGCGGGAUGGAAACGAUCUGGACACUGCACUCCAGCUGACUCGUAGAGACAGACUGGAGACCAGCAUAGAGAAACCGGCCACGCAAAUCAGGCACAGUCGGUCCAGAAACCACUUCGCCCGACAGGCCAAUUUCGACGACACUGAUCUCUCUUACAUGCCCAGUGGAGCCAGCAGAAGAGCUCAGUCUGCGGACAACGCAUCCCAAAGCGAGGAGGCACUUGGCAAAGUCAAAGGGAAGAGUCCAGGCAUGGGCAGGUCCUCUGGACAGGACCUUAGGUCCACGGGCACCAUCGACGAACGGUCCACCGUGGACAUCGACAAAUUGCUCACUAGGUUGUCAGAGGCUGGCUCGGAUCGUAGGAAAGAGGGACGGACUCGCGUGACGCCGUCAGCACGCCACAAGAACGACUCGUUCGGAAAACUGAGGAAGGUGAUCGCCAAGAACAGGUUCCGCGCGUUUGGGAACAGGACUAUCAUUAACAUGACCGAUGUGUACGGGACAGUUGUUCGCGGAGCACCUGCCAGUGACAGGAACGACCUGGACGCUAUGGAGAUCGCCAUCCUGGAGGAGUAUGACGUGUACAGUGACAGUGAGGUUGGCAGAAACGAGUCUGAGAGGGAGAAUUACGAGGAUUAUGGGAGGACGGUCGUGGACCAGGUCAAAGGGAACAAAGAGCCCGUCCACGUGGACAUCGUCACGCGGUUCCUACGCAUCAUAGAAAAUCAACAUCUCCUGGGGGAAAACUGUACCGCUGGUACCGAUCUGAACCUUGGCGAGGGUGUCGUUGACCAGUACGCCCAGGAGAAGUUUCGGUUGGAGGCCAACCUGGCGGUAAACAGGGCCAACAUGUUGACCAGGCUCUGGAAGUAUGCUCCUGAGGUGAUGUUGUCUUCGGAGUACCUUCUGCACGCCAGCAUCCUCUCCAUGGUCGAGUUCGACGAGGACAUCUUCGCUGCAGGGAACUGUUACGAUAAACUACAGUACAAGGACAGGUGGCUUUAUUGUCCGUUUGCUCAUCGGCUGCAGAAUCAGGACGGUGUCCUCGUAAAGGACCUGGCCAUUGAGUACAAGUAUCUGAGCAACAGCAGUGAGUGGUUCUAUAUAGCCAGGAAGAAUGCUGAGAAAGUGAUAGCGAACAACGACCAGUUCAGUCGAGGUUUUCACACGUACACGCUGAACGAAACGACGCAUACAGAGAGGGAGGACGACGUGAUCCUGACAGUGAGAUACGAGGACGGCAGGUGGUCGAAACCGUACUACGAUUGCGGGGGUGGAAAUAUCUGGAUGCUGACCUACACCGUUCCUUUCUUCGGCUACGUCAACGACACAUACUUCUUCAAGGGGACAAGCGGAAUAGACAUAGAUCUACGCAGGCUGGACAUAGAUCAGUGUCCUUUACCACCAGGAUCCAGUCAGCUGAACAUAUUCGCAGCCAGCGACAAAUGCAAGAAACGAACGACAGAGUGUAUAGCGAUUCCAGGACUGGGAUUUCGGCGUGGGAGUUAUCGUUGCGUCUGCAAACGAGGAUUUUAUUACCCCGAUACAAAGUCCACCAGUCGAUACUACAAUGGCACCGUGAUCGAGGAAGAAUACGAAAAAUUGAUGAUGGACGAUGAGAGUCAGUACGACGUGGAUGGCGUCUUCGAGUGUCUUCCUUGCGCAGAGGGAUGCGAAUCCUGUGAGGACGAAUCGCCAUGUGUAGUGUCGUUGAAUUGGUUGAUGAGGACUGCCAUUUUGAUCCUGGAAUGCUGCGUCAUCGCUUGCUUGCCAGCUGUCGCGCUGUUCACUUGGAAGUAUGGGAAUGUAAAGGUGGUGAGAGCCGCGAGUCCAGUCCUUCUACGUGUCAUAGUGGUUGGUGCAUUUUUCAUAUAUUGCACAACUAUAGUAAUGUACCCCCGUCCAAACGUUAUAACGUGCACCGUGAGAGUUUGGCUGAGAGAAAUUGGAUUUUCUCUAACCUAUGGCGCUCUUAUGCUGAAAACUUGGAGGAUAUCGGUGAUAUUCAGAGUGAAGUCAGCGAAAGCUGUGAAAAUAACUGACGGCAGUUUGCUGAAGCGAUUGGGUGUUAUAGUGAUGAUAUUCAGCGUGUUCCUGAGCAUUCGCACCUUAGUGGCACCACCUGUGGUCAUAGUCGCCAGGACUGCUGACGAUCUGAAGGCCUACCUUUGCCGGACCGAUUGGUGGGAUCACAGUUUCACUAUACUCGAGGUGAUAUUUCUAAUAUGGGGCAUCAGAUUGUGCAUCGUGGUGAGAAAGACCCCGUCAGAGUUCAAUGAAAGUCGAUUCAUCUCGAUGGCGAUUUACAACGAAUUUCUACUAUCAGUCUUCCUCAACGUCUCGAUGUUGUUCUUGCAGUCCCCGGCGAAUCCGGAUUUAUUGUACGUGAUAUUCUUCUGUCACACCCAGCUUACCGUCACGCUGCUGCUGUGCCUCAUAUUUGGUAGCAAGGCCUACGUGGUGUUCCGUAGCGGGGGUAAGGAUGAGGCGAAACACACCGGGGCCACUGGGAAAUUCCUGGGGAAGAGUACCCGCCCUGCGGGCACCAGUAACCAGACCAACUCGAUCUCCCUUCAACAAGGAAACUUCACCGACGAGAGCGACGGUGCCACGGAGGAGUUCCGUCGAUUUAUCAAUCAACUAGAGGUCCUGAAGGAGAAGAACGUUCUACUUGGUAACCACCACUUGGUGAACAAGCUUGCAGCGAUGCAAGAAGCAGCGAAUCGUGCAGAGACUCUGGUAUCCACAAUCCAGGCGAUCUCCUCCAGUAUGAGACUGAACGACCUUAACGGAUCCACAGCCAUAGUCGAAACGGAUGUAGGAGGAUCCCUUCAGACCGACGGAGAUCAGAAAGAUACAGAACCCAAGGAGGACAAAAUAUGUCAGGCCUGCGUGGAGAAGAACACCAAAGACUCUCUGGUUCCACCAGAGACAAAAAAGAGAGUGAGGACCAACGACGUCGCCGUUUCCACUUCCAGUAGGCCAGCCACCGAGGAUAUAGGUACAGAGACCAAGGAGGACAAAGAGUUUGAGACUAGGGACAGGAGCAAGAGCAAAUCCGGUCAUGCCAGGACGCACGCCAUAGUAAUUAACCUGGACGAUAAGAGCAGGUUCUCCGAGGAGGUCACAGUCUAAGAACACCGAUAGUGUCCUGUGAACUUUUUCGGUGUUUUCUAAUUCCGUGAAUACAAAGAGAUUCCGCUUCUAAAAACAUGAAAUUUCAAAGACUUUGGCGGAAUCUUGGUUCAGUGUUUGUGUGUUGUUGCACCGUUUACCAUUUUCUAUCAGCUGGAAGCGUUCCCAAAAUAAUGUACAUUUGUAAGUGGCAAAUUCGUUCACGGACACUUGAGCAGACACUUUGAAAACGUUGGUCAAAACUACGAUAAUCGACGAAAGGCGAGUAAUAAUAUUUUCAACGAAACCCGUUCCUGGAAUGGGGACGGGGGCUGGGGGGUGUAGAAGAAACGACGAUGGUAGUUUGAAGGGUAUGAGAAUUAUUUCCUGCAGCACGACUUUGCUUUUCCACCAUUCUCUCAGUUUUUGCACGAAUGGCAUUUGAACACUCACGGUAUGGAAAUUUUUAGUCUUUCAAACAUUCAACGAAGAAAUGAGAGAAGAGCGCUUCUUCAACGUUCGUUUUCAGAAUGGAAAAGAAACAAAGUUCCAAGAAAACGCGAACUCAUCCACCGCGUAAACGUUUGCUUUUUUUGAAAAACCGUUUGCAGAAAUAUGCACCGCUGAUCUCGUCCCGGAUAGAAAAGUUCUGCCAUUUUUCAGCACCCUAGUUUUGGUUUUGUUGGCAUCCAUGAAUCUUGAACCGUUUACACGAUAAAAAAUAAAAAGGAAGAAACAGAAUCUAUGGAAAUUAUUCGCUAACAAUGUCUAUUUCCAUUACUCGUUUGGGACCCAAGAGAAUUCGUUUUACGAGUCAUAAAAUUAUGACAAAUGGAUUGAAAUGGACGGAGAUCAUACUUGCAAAUGUAAUGAAUCCAAGAUGUCCACGCUGAAAGAAUUUGUUUAAUAAUACGCGAUUUUUUAUGCCAUAAAAGAACCCUCGUGGUUAAAUCGAGGAAUUUUGGAUACUGCUACAUUUCGUUCUGUAAAUAUCACUUUAGCCGCUUAUUCGAGGUCUUCUGACGUAUUUCUAAGUCGAUUUGUAAAUAAUUAAACCGCUCUUCGUGGACGAGAUGCAGCGAAACCGAUCGAUGCUGAGAGACGAUGAUUCUCGCUAGGGAUGUUUGAUUUUCAAUCAAUUUUCUAGACAAUCGUUUUAUUUAAUAAUAAUAACCAAGUAUGAGUUGGGGGGACAAUGUUUGAAAAAAUGAUUGAACACAUAGAUUCUUGAGUUUAUUUACCAGAAUUGAUCAUCCCUAGUGUCUCUUUAGCUUUCGUCAUAUCAGUCCAAAUUGUAAAUAAAUUGUAAAUAAAAUCACACGACGUGAGUUUACCGGUAAAUUAACGAUCGAGUUUCAUUGUUAAGAUCGUGCGUUAGAUUUAUUCAACGAGUCCGUUCGUAGUAGAGCGUUGACGAAUGGCUAAUGUCAUUUGAGAAAGUUUGAAUGCACCAGUGGCACAUUCAUUGAAAUUUAUGGUUAAUUGAAAAUUUCUUGGCCGAAGGGUGAGUGGACUAGCUGGACUGCGGAGGGAUUAUUUAUUGAUCCGAGUUAAACAGUUGCAAAUUGUUAAUUGGCAGAGCGGUAAGUGCACUUGCUACACCAGUGGAGAAUAAUUAUGACCACAACUUAGAGACAGGAAUGGAGGGUGUCUAUCGAUCGCACCAGGUUACGAAAAUUCUGAUAUUUUUGGAAGAAACACUGUCUGAUACCUGGAUUAAAGCAGCUGUUCUACGUGGUGUCUCAAAGCAAACAGAUAACCAUUGAAUUUGAACGCUUGAAACUUCUGUUGAGUGAAUUUUUGCACGUUUCAAAAUUUUAUUAAAGUUUCGUACCAACAGAAUUUAUUGUCUAAUAUCUGACAUUCGUAUUCUCCCUAUUUUCAUCGAACGGUUCCUCCGCGUACCCUCAUGGUAUAGCGAGCUAUCGCAUAUUUAUUCAUUAUCUGACCCAUGGGAGAGGGCAAUGGUGGUGAUAACAUGAGCAAAUGAUUCACAGUCGAUCGGCUCUGCGUGAAUUCGAGUGUAAAAGCAACCCUUGAGGAAAUGUGUGAAUAACAAUUUAGAUCGAUAGGGCCAUUGGUCCAAUUGUUGGUUAAUCGUCGGCAUUCCCCAUUCGUCAACGUCACACUGGGACUCUACAUGUUAAGUAAACGAUUUAAUUAUGCAUAUCGGUCCCAGAGAGGCUUGAUCCUCUAGGAGAAGAGAGGGUACUCUCUGUAAUCAUCGGGAAACGAUUCACUGGCAUCGAUGGGGACACUUCCAAUCAGAAUCCUCUCGCCAAUCCCUAAGGACUCGGUGGGUGAAAGGGUGGAUUUCUAUUUGUGUAGUUCACCUGCCAUGAGGACAGGCGUGGACGUCCAGUAUUUGACACUCGUCGCCUCACGCGUUUAGGAUGACAAAGAUAGAGUUGACAGAUGGGUAUGGAAAAGAAAGCAUGUUGACAAGCCCAAAAGAAACAUCUCUUAUUGAUACAUAGAUAUUGAACUUCUAACAAGAAAGGAGUGACUAGCAUAUUGGGAAUACAUGAAGGUUCAUAAUUAGACUGCGGAUUUUGUCCAUUCAUGUUAAAAACUAAUAAAUAACUACGAGUGAUGGAAUAAUGUACGAGUAUUCAAAUGAGUCGAGAACAAGUUGACAAAUUAUACAUUAUGAUAAAACAUAUCCGUACAAAAAAAAAAGUUGCAAUUCAGAGCACCUCCCAAUUAUUUAACGAGCUAAACUGCUCUGAAUAGAUUACAAUCUUUUCAUGUCGCACGCCCAGAUAGAAAGUGGCGGCUGUGGGUACUUCCCGAACUAAAAUUGAUCUCUUCAGCUAAGGGGUUAAUCUAGCCACGCUAUCGUUUUCAAAAUUGCUUAGCUUUUAACCCUCUUCGACGAAUAGAACUCAGAGACGAAAUCGAAUCCCGAGGAUAGCUCUAUCUAAAACGAAAUCACGUUGGGGACGUGUCACCUUUGAGGUACUUUUUUGAACAACGUGCGACAAGAUUGAUGCGGUGUACUCGCACGCCGCGCGUCGUGCAAAAUUCAACCGUGGAACGGGGAAUCCCCAGUGUGCACGCGACUCUAUCUCGCAAACAUCUCGAUUCGCGGUGCUUGAUUGCGAAACAUUCAAUUUUCGUUUGUAUUGCUUUAUAUUUUUAUUUUGUUAACUACUUUUCUACAUUUUCUCGAAGGUUUGCGUGAUGGAUUCUAUACUGUCUCUUUAACGAUAUUUUUGUUGGCGCAAACCUGUGGAACAUGUAUACAGAGGGUUUCAAAACUACAGGUAGAAAUUUGUAUACAGGGUGGACCAAGUACGUGUAACAACAAGGCAUAAUUUCGUUUGCAGUCCGUUUAAAAUCCAAUCCAAUAAUAUCAUGCAACGAUACCUUUGGGCUUGUAAAGUUAGAAAUUUGAAGAUUCUGAAGAUUGGAAUUUAUAUUCAUCAUGAAUUGUCCGGUUUUAAUUAAUUAUGCAAAUAGACUUCGUUAAAGCUGCGUAUUCCUUUAAGUACUUGAAUUUCCAUUAAUGAUCGCCAUAUAAUUUUUGUAUCGAUUACGCUUGAAUUAAGUCUUAAACUAAAUCGAAAUUAUCUCUAAUUUGGCUUCAACCUGGCCACUGUUCGACAAUUUUGCGAAAUUGUCAUCAGAGUAUAUAUCGACAGCAAUUAACGUUUAUCCAAUCAUCAAGUUACAUCCUCUCCAGUGAAAGGGUAGUUCGUUUGUUUUCAAUUAGUAUGAAACAACGUGGAUUAUUUGUACCAGAAUAACAAGAGAACAAAUAUUUUUCGCAGCGUUAAUUCACUUUACGCCAAAUUCGAAACUAGCCGCGCAACAGAAUAUAAAAUAGUCUGCCAUAAAAAUCGCGUUUAAACAAACUACAGAGAACCGCGACUUUGAUAAAAAUUCUUGCCCGAUUCGAAAACCUUCCCUGUGCGGAAUUACAAAAUUUGUUCCUGGCGAUAAAAAUUACAGCAAAGUCGUUAUAUCAUAAAAUCCAAAGGAAAGUAAUUGCUAAGAAAUUGAACUUGUCAAUUUUUAUCAAAGUCGUAAGACGAAGGCGAAUGAUGAAAGAUGAAUGUGUAUUAAUAUUUAGCGAUGGGAAUUUAACGUCCUUUUUCAAGUUAUGUCAGAGUUAAUAUUUCUUGAAAUGUCAAUGAUUUGCAAUCUGAAUUUUAAUUGCUCAAAUAUUCCCAAUAUUACCUCGAAAUUUCAAUUUUUCAAAGUAUACGUGACUCUAUUCAUUUUUUAAAGUAAUCUAUUUAAAAUGUUAUCACAUUUGAAACUUCCGAGGUCUAUACAAAUUGUCCAUUUACUUGUUUCAAUUAAAAAAAUGCGUAAAACUAAUAUUUUUGCUGAUUAUUUUUCGAAUCAAUUAUACUUAGACAAAGUGGCCAGCCUUGUUAUUGUCGCUUUCAAAUUUUUUGAAAGCUUUUACGUUAACGAAGCGAUUAGAACGUUUCAAUUCCAUCCUUUUCAUCUGGUUCUCAACUUUUCCUCGUGUAUUCUCGCUGUUUUCGCGUAAUUCCAUUAGCGUUCACCUUUUUUCUCUAUUCUCUGUUCCUUAAAGUGCAGCAGUUGCAAAGUUUUUCAACUCUGACAAACUUGAAAACUCUUAAAUCACUCUGGAAACGUCUCCAAUACUCCGUUGUAUAAUUUAUUCGAGACCUCGAUUCCUACAAAAUUGUUUUAUUCUCAUCGUUUGGCGUUUAAUAAAUAUACGAGUACAGUAAAUACCGUCUUUGUGAUGCUACGAGUCCUUAAAUUACGAAGAGGACAACACGGAGCACCAAGAAGACAAAAUUGACCGUAAUAAAUAUAUGUACAUGUUGUUAUUAUUCGAUCGAUCGUCGAGUAAGUUCGAGUAUGUGGGUUCUGUCCUAGGGUAACGCUGAUUUUAUGGAAACCAAUUUUAUGCGACAUCUUUGUCUGUACUUGGGCGUGCCUGACGGGCAAGCGUGUCAAUAAAUAAUUAAAUAAAUAAGAGAUUGAAACCUCAUCCAGCCUAAUUAUUUGACAAAAAUCAGAUCCACUCCUCCCAAUGUUUCACCCGAAGUCCUUAGGAACUUUUAAGGAAAUAUAAGUAUAAUUCUCAAUUUUAUUUUAUACUCCCGAGUGCUGUCAAAGUAAAAGAAAAAUGAAAAAACAAGCGUUAUUCAACUUUUGAGCGGCUCUCGGGAAUCCCACUUAGAAAACGA